AUGGCGGACGAACGGAACAAAUCUGUAUCUUUUACUUUUGCGAAGAAAAAAACGAAUAAAACACUACAAAACACUGGUAGCAGCGUUUUAGGCACUGAUCAUGGACUUAGAAAUGAAGGAGAAGAGAAAGAUUUUAUUACAUCAGCCGAAGGAAAAGAUUUAAAGAGUGUUAGGCCAAAGGAAGAAGCCAAAGAGCUAGUUAUACCACUGCAGAAGAAGAACCGAUGGAUCCUUCCUACUACAGCCGAUGGAUUGGACAGGCAAGCUGCGGAAGAACUUGUGAAAGAUGCCUUAAAGGACUUAGAAGGUAGAGAUGACCAGGAUGAGGAUCUGUCGAUACCAAUGCUAUUGAGAAACAAGGUACCAGCAGUGGAAGGAUAUGAACAAGAUGAAAAACUGGACAUAGCAAUGAGACCUGAUGAGAGCUCUCAAGAAGACUAUGAAGCAGUUCCUGUGAGUGCAUUUGGUGUAGCUAUGUUACGAGGAAUGGGAUGGAAGAAAGGAGAAUGCAUUGGUGGAACUGUCAAAGGAAUUUGUGAGCCCAUUGAGUAUAUUCCAAGAUCUAAAGGCCUGGGACUAGGAGCAGAGAAAAAGAAUGAGCCAAGCAAAAGGAAAAGAAAACCUGGGGAUGAAGAGAAAAAGAUGACUGGCCCAAUAAAAGAAAAAGAUGGCCGUGUACGUCAUGUCAAAGGUGUUGGUGAGAAAGUUGCUGUAGGAGAAGAACUACAAUACCAACCUGGUACUGGCGCUGUUAUAGAAAAAGGACCUCAUACCGACAUGCACGGAAAAAUUAUAUCUGUAGACGUUGACAACUCAAGAGUGACUGUUAGGCUUCAUCUCAGUGGAGAGAACGUAACGAUCCACCAGUUUCAUGUUCGACUGAUUGAUUCAGAAGAGUACAGAGAACUUUGCAAACCUGUCAAAAGUAAAGAUAAACGCAAAGAAUCAAGAGAUUCGGGACCAAGUAGCAACAAAAGAAAGAAAGACGAUAAACCAGAUCAUUCUAAACGAAAAGACGACAAACACAAGGAUAAAACCCACAAGUCUUCAAGUAGUACAUCUAAUGGCAAUAGCAGUAAAAGACAAGAAGAGAGCUGGUUAUAUCCAGAAAUGAGAGUUAGAAUAAUCAGUAGGGAGUUGAAGAAAGGAAGAUUCUAUAAUAGUAAGGUUCGCAUUGUGGACGUUACUGGUCGAAGUAGUUGCACAUGUGAAACACAAGAUGGCAAGUUACUAGAAGGUGUUCUACAAUCCAUGUUAGAAACUGUCGUCCCCAAGUCUGAAAAUGCAUACGUCAGAAUCGUGAGAGGGUCGAACAAAGGACAGCUGGGAACCAUCCUGCAGCGCGACAGUUCAAAAUGCAAAGCUGUAGUCCAAUUUUUACUGGACAAGAAUGUAGUGACGUUGGAUUACGAUGACAUAAGUGAACACUUGGGCGAUAUCAGAGAAGACUUCUUAUAACGUGCUUGUACAGUUAUAUAUGUACAUAUCCGACUAAUUAGUAUUUUAUAAUUAUUUCAUGAUGUAAUAUAGAGCACCGACAAAUAUAUUAUUAAAAUAUUUGACAUUCA